GUCUUGUCAUUUUACUGGAUAUUGCAAGAUGGAUGUUAACCAAGAAAUUUUGAAGAAAUUGUUAAAUAGAGAUAAAAUUAAGCUCUGGGAGGAGCCUUAUACUCUAAACGAUGGUGAGCUUGGAAUAUUGCCCGAGGAAUUGUGUUCGAAAUACGCAGCAGAGACAAAUUUAAAAACAGAAAUUCUGAUAGAAUGCUUGGAGAAUUUAAGACAACACUCUUACAAAAAAUUCAUCGCCAGAAAAAAGUUCCAGGAAACGGGUGUUGCUUGUCUUGACAUUAAGAUUACUGACGAAGCUAAUAUAGUAAAAACUGAGCAAUACGAAAUUAAUUUAAAUAAUCAUGCAAUCGACUUGAAGCAAAAAAUAGCAUCAAAAUUGGGAAAAGAUAUUUAUUGCUUAAAAAUGAUAUGUAGUGGAAGAUUGAUAGAAAAUGACCUUAGCUUACGUAACCAAGGAGUGCAGAAUUUCAGUCAGAUAAUGGUGCUUAUUGUUCCCCAAUCUGUCAGUGAAGCUGAAAAGAGUUUUGCUCUACAAAAGGAUGUACAGAUGACUAGGGCUACUGCAGAGUUUCUAGCAGAUCAUGAAGCUGCAAAUGCAAACUUAGAUAUUACUGAUCAGAACGGAAAACGUUUAAAAUUACCUGAAGAUGAAAAGAGGAGUCUAAUAUUAGCUAUGAGUUUGCAAGAAAAAGGGAGGACUGUACUAAAGCGGAAGGAAUAUUCCCAUAGUCUUAUGUUACUUCUUGAAUCUGAUGCUGAAUUUAAAAAAUGUAGAAGCGAAUUACUUCAAGUUGCUGAUAACUAUGCAAAUCUUUGUUUGGAUAUCGUAUGGUGUUAUUUGUGCUUGAAAAGUAUUAAAGACCUUCCAGAUGCUAAACAACGUUUAGAAAAGUGUGAAUUAUGUUUUAGAAAGAGCUACGGUCCAAAUUUGGAAAGAUUAUCAUUACUCAAAGGAUCAACAGGAAACGAAAAGGCUCUUUAUAUGAGAUUGCAUUUAAUGCAAGGUAUUCUUGCUUUUCAUCAAGGAUUUUACGAUGAAUCAAAGUGCAAGUUAUCUCAGGCUCAGAAUGAAUGGUCCAAACUGCACGUAGAGGACUCAAAGCUAACAGAAGUCAUGUCUAUGGGUUUCACGGAAAGAGAGGCGCGUUUGUGCUUAAGAGACGCCGAAGGGAAUAUGAAUAUAGCUGUAGAGAAGAUCAUGCAGAAAAGAGAGAAAAAAAGAAUGAGACAAAUUGAAGCAGAUAAAGAGGACGAGGAGAGAAAAUUAGAAAAACUGUUGGGUAAAACUGUAAAUGAUAUUCAGAUCAACGCGACAUUAUAUAAACAAUUGAAGGGAAUCGGUAUACCGAAUGGAGCUGCCAAAGAGGCAUUGAGAAUAACAAAUAAUAAUUUUGAUAAAGCUAUUCAGAUACUUCAAGAAAAACGAAACGAAUUAUAUUUUGUCCCCGAUCCUGAAUUUACUGAAGAUUGUAUUAGCACUCAAAUGAUCGAGCAGUUAACAAACAUUCUUGGAGAAAUUGACGAAAAAUUAGCCAAAAGCAUUCUGACUGGGGUCGGUGGAAGUAUUGAAAAAGCUGUUGAAGGCAUUAUGGAGAAAGGACUUGGACAUUUCGCCUGUAAGCAUGAGGCAUCAACGAGCAAACAAGCGGAAAAAGACGAGAAUAAAGAAAUGAAAAAAAGAAUAUACGAAGAUCUCCUCCCAGAUAUAUCUAGGGAUGCAGAAGACUAUCUAGAUUUAACUUUAGAGGAAGAAGCAAAAUUUUUGGAAGAAUACACAAAGAAACUUUCUUUGAUCUAA